CAGGAAGCCAGGCACAUGCUCGGCUCUCAGACUGAAGCAGACAAAGGCAGAGAGAGGAGAGACGGCGUGCAGCUAUCCAGCAGCAUCGAAUCACACACACUUACACUCCCCUCCCCGCACACACACACACGCACACAAUCACACACACUCCCUUCACUCCGGGAGCUGCGACGCAGAUUCUCCACAACUGAUCGCCACCUCAUCCCUUUCCUUCACAGCCACCAUCACUAUAAGCCAUCAUGGAGCUAGACUUUGGACAUUUUGAUGAACGGGACAAGACAUCCCGCACUCCACGGGGAGGACGCAUGAAUGGACUCCCCAGUCCCACGCACAGUGCCCACUGCAGUUUCUACCGCACACGCACCCUGCAGGCUCUCACCAACGAGAAGAAAGCCAAGAAGGUGCGCUUCUACCGCAACGGAGACCGCUACUUUAAGGGCAUUGUGUACGCCGUGGCGAAUGACCGGUUCCGCACCUUCGAUUCCCUCCUGGCUGACCUCACACGCUCACUCGCCGACCACAUCAACCUGCCGCAGGGCGUCCGCUUCAUCUUCACCAUUGACGGCUCACGCAAGAUCUCUACCUUGGAUGAGCUGGAGGAAGGGGAAAGCUAUGUUUGUGCAUCAGAGAACUUUUACAAGAAGGUCGAUUACACAAAAAAUGUCAACCCCAACUGGUCUGUGAACGUAAAGGCUUCUGCGAGCCAGAAGAACAUGCAGUCCUUGGCUGCCAAGGCCGCCGGCGACCCCAGAGAGGGGAAAGACUUUGUUCGGCCCAAGCUGGUCACGGUGAUGCGCAGCGGCGUGAAGCCACGCAAGGCCGUCCGCGUCCUCCUCAACAAGAAGACGGCGCACUCCUUCGAGCAGGUGCUCACUGACAUCACAGAGGCCAUUAAGCUGGAGAGUGGUGUGGUCAAGAAGAUCUACACGCUGGACGGCAAGCAGGUUACCUGCCUUCAGGAUUUCUUCGGCGAUGAUGACGUCUUCAUUGCAUGUGGACCAGAGAAAUUUCGCUACGCGCAGGACGACUUCUCGCUGGAUGAGAAUGAGUGCAGGCUGAUGAAGACUUCUAAAGCCCAGCAUGGUUCUUACAAGAGUCCUGGUCCCAUCAAGUGCAGCAAGUCCCCAGAGUCCACCAACGGGACCGCCUCCAGCAGCCAGAUCUCCACUCCGAUAUCCAAGCAUUCCCCCACCUCCAGCCCAACCAGCCCCGGCCCAAACAACAAGCAAAAAGAUCUGGACCUGCCCUUAUCUCUGGAAGAUGAGGAUUCUCUCGGCGAAUCGAUGUAGACGUUCCUUCCUGCAGCCAGCCUUCUCCCAGACGGAAGUUUUUCUAGCUCUGCUGCUCUCCACCUUUACUCACAGUGCCACCUGCUGAGGAGAACCUCUUUGUCUCUUGAAAAGAAUAAAAUAAAAGCCUUAGCCAUCGCGGCUACGACGCCAUUUGCUGCUUGAGGAUGGCACCAUUUUUAAAAGAAUUCAGUUUAGAUCACAAUCAGCCUAAUGUUCACUCACCCUUAUAUGCAGGAGGAUAGCCACUUUAGAAUAAAUAAAUAAAAGGGCACACAUUUCAUCAGAACACCCAAUAAAGAGUUCACUUUUUUAAAAAGCCUUUUGAUAAAGCAUGCACUCGGAGUUUCACUUUCACAAAUUCCAAGCAGCAAAUGGAUUUUUUUAGCAGUUUAACCAACUUUUGUAUCACCGAACAUGUUCGAUGUUUCCUCCACGUCCUGCUGUCCUUUCUGCUCGCUAGUCCGAGGUGUUUAACCUGCUGUAAAUACUGUGUAUAGCCAUCCCCCAUAGCCACCCUGCUCAGUGUCCACUGCUGUGCUUCCAUAACGUCACUCACAUUUACUCCAUAUGAUACAGGGAGAGGUCAGAAUAAAGGGAAAAUAAGGCAGGAGGUGAUGGAUGCAGUCUGUUUAUCACUUUUUACCACAAAAUCAUGGUUUGAAAAACUCUGCAUAAAAAAUAGCUGCCUUUUAUUUGAACCAAUCAUAUUUAAGGAUGAUGGGGCAAAGCAUCCCUCCCCUCUUUAUGCCUGCACUUUUAUUUUUGCCUUCUAUGUCUAAUGUAGUUAGAAACUCAUCUUGAAACUGUAAUCUUAUUAAUAAACCGAUUCAAAGGACCUGAAGUGCAUGGAAACAGCCAAAGGUGAAACAAAUGGGCCCUUCGUAGUAAAUAAACACUCAGAUGCAGUUUUAUAAUCAUCAGUAACUAACUCCCAUUCAGAGCAGUCUGUCACCACGUUUUAUCCUUUAAAGUGGUUCGAUGUUGAGAAGUCUCAAAGCCAAAGCUGAGGGUGAUGGAAUGGGAAGAACUGAUUUUCUUUUUUAUUUUAACGGUUGUGAAAUUUUUGGGAGGAAGCCCCCGUGGAGAUUAAUGCAUGUCACGUUUAAAAGUCCAGGUGCGGUGGGUCUGGUAACCGUGGUGGGGUUUCGCCUUCUCUUGCAUGGCUCCGCGAUCUAUCGGGAGGGAGAGGAAAACACGUUUGUCUAAAUCUGUGGGUUUUUUAAAUUUUUAUAAAGUUUAUUAAUUUAUAAUAAAGGUACUUGUGUAGGAUUUUCAUUUUUCACGCUUCUGUGUGCUAUUUCGUGUCGCCACGUUUUAUUCUAACGGCUAGAGUCGUGGGACCAGUCAAAAUCUUGAGUUCUCAGAUUUAGUUUUUUAUGCAGGAGUUGAGCCUGAAGUCUCUAAACUGGAUGAAGCACAAAGCAAGGAGCAACCAGUUACAUCACAGCAACAGAUGUUACUCGCCAACUUCUCAAAAAACACACCUAACCAGUUUCUCCAAAAGACAUGCUGCACAUGUAGCAUCUUUUAAAUUAAGAUCUAUGCAUUUGGAUCGAAGAGUGAACAGGUUUUCUGUAGGUGUGGCCUUUUUCAAACCCAGGAGUUUUAUUCGUUACAUUGUGAUGUCAGUCUGAACGUUGUGUGUUGUAGCAGUGAUGCUGCAUCCAUCUGCUUCAUCCGCCGCUACGUCACAAACUACUUACUGGUGCUGUAGAUGCCUCCUUUCUCCUGCGGGGAGCGCUGUAACACCAGCACAACAGCUGCUCAUGUAAGCAGCAGGGAUGCCUCACUUUAGUCAGUUUUGUACAAAAUAAUCAGAAUUUUCUGCCAUUUUCUCUAAUAAUCAGUUCUGUGUAACCUUGCAUACUAAUCAUAUUUCACUGAUUUUUCUACAGUUUUUAACGUUUCUCACCAUAUGAACCUGAAAUGUUGGUCGUCUCGAGUAAACCGGCUGCUGGGGUCCAUCACAAUCAGCGGUGCCUUUAGUUUUCUUUGAAUAAAGCUGAAAUCGGAGCGUCAGGCAUUUGGUUUUUAGCAGUAAAACAUCAGUAAUGUCAAACGAGGCCUCCAAACACUUGUUUUGUAGAGAUGCAGGAUGGUUUAUGGAUGUGUAAAUACGUUCCUUGCCUGCUCUCUGUCAUGCGUUUUGCCUUUCUGAUCGAAUGAAUGACUUUUUUCCCCCUCUGAAAUUUAAAAACGUCUUUUUUAGUGGUGUUUUGCAAUGUUAUGGUGACUUGUUUCAGUGCUUCAUUCAAUGUAUUAACUGGUAUCUUUUUGCAAAUAAAACUGCUUAAUUACA